AUGCACUUCUCAGCGCUCGUCGUUGCCGUUUUGGCACCUCUCGCAGUCAUCGCCUCACCAGUGCCCAAGGUCGACGAGUCGGCGGAUGUAAUGGCUAUCCGCGCUAUGGAGUCAUGGGCAUGGCAAGAGCCCGUGAUGGAGAGAAGCCCAUCCGACCCUGAGCUCAUCAAGCGCAUCGUCUACAACCCAAAGAUCACUAGCCCUACGGCAGAGACUGUGUGGAAUGCAGGACAGACUUACAAGGUCACCUGGUGAGUGUCGUCGAUAUUGCACGCACGUGAAGCAUUUGCUGAAGCCAUCGCGCACGUCGCUCACCACUUGUGUCGUUCCUUUCGCAGGUCGACCGACGACAUCCCAGCCGAUGCGAAGGAGUACAAGGGCACGGUCAAGCUUGGAUACGAGCCCGCCGACGGCGAAGGUGGCCUCAACUUGAAGAAGACUCUUGCCAAGGACUUCCGUUUGACCGACAACGAGGUGGAGGUCACCAUCCCCGAGGACCAAGAGGAGAGAUCUGACUACAUCAUCGUCUUGAUGGGAGACUCCGGCAACGCCAGCCCGCACUUCACCAUCAAGCCAAAGUCUGACGCCCCUUCGUUCUUGAACAUCGAGGAGCUUUUGGAUCAAGCAAGUGAGGCUUGAGACACUUCUCUCGUCGCUCUCGCUACCGUCGUCUCGCGCUCUGGCUCGCGCUACUCGCCGCCUCAUCAAGCUCUCGACCAUUGCUCCAGUUUCAGAUCAUAUCGCCUCUUAG